AAAAUUAGCAAAUGUUGAUGAGAAUCGUUCAAAAUCCCAAACCCUUAAUUUCCGCCAUUUUCCUCUGAAGAAGAAGAAGAAAUGACGCACUCCUUCCGACUCUGCCUACCAAUAAUUCUACGAUGGCGAAACUCCUCGAGACCUUUCCUUGUGUUCCGUCCACCGAACGAGGCCGUGGCAUUUUGAUCUCCGGCGACCCCAAAUCCGACACCAUUCUCUACUGCAACGGCCGCUCUGUCUUCAUCCGGAGCCUCCGCCAACCCCAAGACGUCCAAGUUUACGGUGAACAUGGCUAUGCUGUCACCGUUGCUCGCUACUCUCCCAACGGCGAGUGGAUUGCUUCCGCUGAUGUCUCUGGCACGGUUCGCGUUUGGGGAACGCACAACGGCUUCGUGCUCAAGAACGAAUUCAGAGUCCUUGCUGGUCGGAUCGAUGAUCUCCAAUGGUCUUUCGAUGGUCUUCGAAUUGUUGCUUCCGGCGAUGGAAAGGGCAAAUCUCUUGUUCGAUCCUUCGCAUGGGACUCUGGCAAUACAAUGGGGGAUUUUGAUGGCCAUUCUCGUAGGGUUCUGAGUUGUGCCUUCAAGCCAACGCGACCUUUCCGAAUUGCCACAUGCGGUGAAGACUUCUUGGUUAACUUUUACGACGGUCCACCUUUCAAGGAGCAUUCCAACUUCGUCAACUGCAUCAGAUAUUCACCUGAUGGUACUAAAUUCAUUACCGUAAGCUCUGACAAAAAAGGUAUGAUUUACGAUGGCAAAACUGGAGAUAAAAUUGGAGAAUUGGCCUCAGAAGAUGGUCACAAAGGCAGCAUCUACGCUGUUAGUUGGAGCCCCGACAGCAAAAGGGUGCUCACUGUCUCUGCUGAUAAGUCUGCCAAGGUAUGGGAGGUAGCUGAAGAUGGAACGGUUGGCUCUGUAAUUAAAACAUUGACGUUUAUAGAAUCUGGUGGAGCAGAAGAUAUGCUUGUGGGAUGUCUUUGGCAGAACGAUCAUCUCAUUACUGUGUCUCUUGGCGGUACCAUGUCCCUCUUCUCUGCAGAUGAUAUGGAUAAGCCUCCCUUGCUUUUAUCUGGGCAUAUAAAGAAUGUCACGUCUUUGGCUGUUCUUGGAGCAAACCAGAAGACGAUUCUGUCCUGUAGCUAUGACGGUCUCAUAGUCAAAUGGCUACAAGGGGUUGGGUACAGUUGCAAGUUACAAAUGAAAGACACCAAAAUCAAGCGAUUAGCGGCUACUGAAUCUAGCAUUUUCCUAUCCGGAUUUGAUAACAAGGUCUGGAGAAUUCCAUUAACCGACAACGAAUUUGGAGCUGCAGAACAUGUCGAUAUAGGCCAUCAGCCUCUGGACAUAAGCAUAGCCGUUGAUUCGCCAGAAUCCACAUCACUAGUCUCGUUUGAUUCCGGAGUUGUAUUGCUCAAUGGUCUGAACAUUUUGAGCAAGAUCGAUCUGGGUUUUGCUGUGGCAGCCUCCGUGAUCUCACCUGACGGGAAAGAAGCGAUAGUAGGAGGGCAAGACGGGAAGUUACACAUAUACUCAGUCUCAGGGGACAACAGCCUGAAAGAGGAAGCCGUGCUGGAGAAACACAGAGGUGCUUUGACAGUGAUACGUUACUCUCCUGACUUAACAAUGUUUGCUUCUGGAGAUGCCAACCGCGAAGCUGUUGUCUGGGAUCGCGAGACCAAACAGGUGAAGCUAAACAACAUGUUGUUCCACACGGCUCGUAUAAACUGCUUGGCAUGGUCACCAAACAGCACGAUGGUAGCCACAGGGUCCAUAGACACUUGCGUCAUUGUAUAUGAAGUAGACAAGCCAGCUUCAAGUCGCAUAACCGUCAGAAACGCGCACCUCGGGGGAGUUAAUGCUGUAGGCUUCAUUGAUGAUUGCACCGUAGCAAGUUCCGGAGAAGACGCUUCCGUUCGUUUGUGGCAUAUCGAACCUCAGGAUAUACAGAUUAUGGCGCCUUUUGGCGGGAAAUCUUUAGUGGACGCUGUUUCUGGCAUCGGAGGGAAUGGAGUUGGCCGGGCUCUGGCUGCGGUGGCCGCCGCUCUGUUGGUUCGCCUCUUCGCUGGACCCGGCAUCGCUCUCUUACCUGAAAAUGAGGCUGACGAUGAUUACGCUGAGACGGAAGACGGUGGUGGUGAUUCUUCUCCGGGGAAAAUUCGUCCGGUGACAAUCCGUUGGAGGAACAUCACCUGCUCGCUCUCCGAUAAGUCCUCCAAAUCGGUGAGGUUUUUGUUGAAAAAUGUCUCUGGAGAAGCAAAACCUGGGAGGUUGCUAGCGAUAAUGGGCCCUUCUGGAUCUGGGAAAACAACAUUGCUCAAUGUUUUAGCUGGACAGCUUAGUUCAUCUCCACGUUUGCAUUUGUCAGGUCUUUUGGAGGUCAAUGGAAAACCAAGCUCAAGCAGAGCUUAUAAGCUUGCUUUUGUGAGACAGGAGGAUCUCUUCUUCUCGCAGUUGACUGUCAGGGAAACACUUUCUUUCGCAGCGGAGCUUCAGCUUCCGGAGAUCUCUUCUGCUGAGGAGAGGGAUGACUAUGUGAACAACCUCUUGCUUAAACUUGGUCUGGUCAGCUGUGCAGAUUCGUGUGUUGGCGAUGCAAAAGUUCGUGGCAUCAGCGGUGGAGAAAAGAAGCGGCUGUCACUUGCAUGUGAAUUGAUCGCUAGUCCCUCUGUCAUAUUUGCUGAUGAACCCACAACUGGGCUUGAUGCCUUCCAGGCUGAGAAAGUGAUGGAAACAUUGCAAAAGCUUGCACAAGAUGGACACACUGUGAUCUGCUCCAUUCACCAGCCUAGAGGUUCGGUGUACGCUAAAUUUGACGACAUUGUGUUACUAACAGAAGGAACUCUAGUCUAUGCUGGCCCUGCAGGAAAAGAACCUUUGACAUAUUUCGGGAACUUCGGGUUCCUUUGCCCAGAGCAUGUAAACCCUGCUGAGUUUCUUGCUGAUCUUAUAUCUGUUGACUAUAGCUCUUCGGAAACUGUCUACUCUUCGCAGAAGAGAGUACAUGCUCUUGUUGAUGCGUUCUCCCAGCGUUCAUCAUCUGUUCGUUAUGCUACUCCCCUCGGCAUAAAAGAUGAAACAAAGAACAGCAUUAGACCUCGCAGAAAAGCCAUUGUUGAGAGAAAAGAUGGUUGGUGGAGGCAGUUUUUCUUGCUGCUUAAGCGUGCAUGGAUGCAGGCUUCUCGAGAUGGGCCAACAAACAAAGUCCGUGCAAGAAUGUCUGUUGCAUCUGCUCUGAUAUUUGGGUCCGUUUUCUGGAGAAUGGGGAAAUCUCAGACAUCAAUUCAGGACAGAAUGGGUUUGCUUCAGGUUGCUGCAAUAAACACGGCAAUGGCAGCUCUCACAAAGACAGUUGGUGUCUUUCCUAAAGAGCGUGCCAUUGUGGAUAGAGAACGGUCCAAAGGGUCUUAUUCUUUAGGCCCUUACCUGCUCUCCAAAACAAUAGCUGAAAUUCCUAUUGGAGCUGCAUUUCCUUUGAUGUUUGGUGCUGUACUAUACCCCAUGGCUCGCCUUAAUCCCACUUUGUCAAGAUUUGGAAAAUUUUGUGGGAUAGUGACUGUGGAGUCUUUUGCUGCGUCUGCAAUGGGUCUAACUGUUGGAGCUAUGGUCCCAAGCACAGAAGCUGCAAUGGCUGUAGGACCAUCUCUCAUGACAGUUUUCAUCGUGUUUGGAGGUUACUAUGUCAAUGCAGACAACACCCCAAUUAUCUUCCGUUGGAUUCCUCGUGCUUCAUUAAUCAGAUGGGCCUUCCAGGGACUCUGCAUCAACGAAUUCAGCGGCCUCAAGUUUGAUCAUCAGAACACUUUUGACGUCCAAACUGGAGAACAGGCGCUAGAACGACUGUCGUUUGGAGGAAGGCGGAUAAGGGAGACGAUAGCAGCUCAAAGCCGGAUUCUGAUGUUCUGGUAUAGCGCCACAUACCUUCUCCUGGAGAAAAACAAGCCAAAGUAUCAAAAGCUUGAGCUUCUUGUUGACAAUGGAGAAAGUGAGAGUCCAGGAGUGCAGCUGGAUGAAGCAGAGAUUGAUCAAGCAGAGGAACCUGAAGAUGAUGAUAUCAAGCAGCCACUUGAGGAUCAAAGUCAGACAUUGGAUUCGGAAGAUGAGCUUGACGAAAUCCGUCCCUUUGUCCUCGAAGCAGGUAGCAAAGUGAGCGAAUAAAAGAGUUGCUCCUAUUACACCUCUCUCUCUCUCUGCCUUUAACCCCAAUGUAAGAAAGACUCAUCUUCGUU